AUGAGUGAAAGACAAAACCCAGAUUGGUUCAGUGCUGGGCUCUCGGAGCUGGAACCAGUUAUCGAAGCAAAGCGCGCAGCUCUGAUUCAAUACAAGAGUGAUUCUUCUACAAAGUCAAUCGAAGAACUCAGAAAGGCAAGAAAUAAGACCCAACUGACUGCCAGACGCAGUGCAAAUAGGUAUUGGCAAGAAAUCUGUCAGAGUAUCCAGUCAGCUGCUGACAGUAGCGACACCCGUGGGAUGUAUGCCGGUUUGAAGAAGGCCCUCGGUCCAUCCGCAACCAAGUCAGCCCCUCUGAAAUCAACUACUGGAGAUCUCAUCAAGGACCAAGGCAAGCAAAUGGAUAGAUGGGCGGAGUACUCCCAGGAUCUCUACUCACAGGAGACCACGGUCGCUGAGGCUGCAAUCGAGGGUGUCAAGAUCUUGCCAGCCAUGUACGAACUUGAUAAUCUGCCGUCUAUAGCGGAGGUCACCAAGGCUAUUGACUCCCUAGCCAAUGGCAAGGCUCCGGGAAAAGAUGGCAUCCCCUCAGAGAUCAUCAAAGCCGGCAAAAACACAGCUCUGCUUCGGCACCUUCAUGAGCUUCUUUGUCAGUGCUGGGAAGAGGGUACAGUCCCUCAGGAUAUGCGGGAUGCUAACAUCAUUACGCUUAACAAAAACAAAGGUGACCGUGGUGAUUGUAACAAUUACCGUGGAAUACCUCCUCUCCGCACUGUUGGAAAGACAUUUGUUCGUGUUAUCCUGUCCAGGCUACAACUGCUUGCUUCUCGAAUUUAUCCAGAAUCACAGUGUGGCUUUAGAAGAAGCAGAUCAACUAUUGACAUGAUAUUCUCCAUACGCCAACUUCAAUAG